AUGGAAUCGGCAGAAGUAACACAAAUUAAUAUUACAACAACAAAGAAUAAUAAAACCACAAUCAUACCAAUAUAUCGGCCACCUAAUAAGAAGGUUAAAACAUUUUUACAAGAAUUAGAAAAACUCUUAUAUGGAAUUAAUAGACAGAAUAAAUUAAUAAUUACGGGUGAUGUAAAUAUUGAUAUAAAGAAAAACAAUAAUACUACAAGCAACUACUUAAAUAUCCUAUCAUCCUAUGGCUUACAGUGUAUGAUAAACGAAGUUACCAGAGAAGACAAUAGCAAUCAAUCAAUGACAUGUAUUGACCAUUUAUUCGCAAGGUGGGAUAAACAAUUUGUUCAAGCUUAUGCAGCAAUAAUUAGAAUAGAUAUAUCGGAUCAUUUUGCAAUAUUUGGAAGCGUUGACGAAACAAAAUCGUCAUUGAAUCACACACAAGACAGACGGACAAACGAAACUUCUACGAUUAACAUCUCCAAAGUCAACCAACAAAUAAAUGACACAGACUGGGAACGAAUAAUCAUUUCAUCCAAUAAUACAAAUGAACUGUUCAACAAUAUCUACAAAACAUUCAAUGAUAUCUAUACAAAUUCAACAAGCCAACAAACAAAACAUGAAAAAAGAAAUCCACACCCUUGGCUCAAUGAGCAUAUAUUAAAAUGUUCUAAAAAUGAUUAUUAUUAUCGCCAAUUUUUAAUAAAUCGAAACAAUAUACGAGUUACUUGGCAAAUCAUCAAUAAAAUCACCGGUAAGAAGACGGAAAACUUAAAUGAUACAAUAAAAAGAAACUUUAAAGAUGAAUCACUAGAAGAUAUAACCGAAAACUUUGCCCUAAAAUUCAAUGAAAAUGUUCUAAAAAUAGUACACUCAUGCUCAAUAACCACAUUAAAUGCAAACGCGGAAAAUAUAAUCAACAACUCACUUUAUAUAGAAUACGCGACUGAAGAAGAAAUUAAUAACAUACUGAAGACCUUGAAUAUAAGAAAAAGUGCAGGAAUAGAUAAUAUACGAGCAGUGGACUUAAAAAACCAUGCCAAUUUGUUAACACUAAUAAUAACAAAACUUAUUAAUGGAAGUAUUAGUGAAUCGUCCAUACCAAACAUAAUGAAACAAUCCAUUAUAAGACCAAUUUUUAAGAGCGGCGAAAAAACAGAUUACAAUAACUAUCGACCGAUAGCUAUUCUACCAGUCGUUGAAAAAGUAUUAGAGGAAAUCAUUGUAAGAAGACUAAACAGUUUUUUAAAGAAAUACAACAUCAUAAACAAAGAGCAGUAUGGGUUCCAAAAAGGAAAAAAUAUAAACCAACUCCUGGGUUACUUCUCUAAUCACAUCAAUGAAUCACUGGACCAAAACAACAAUUGCUUAGCGUUAUUCAUCGACUUUAGCAAGGCCUUUGACACAUUGCCUCAUGAUAAAUUGAUAGAAAUGCUCGAAAGGAGCGGUAUCAGAGGACUCACAUUAAGGUGGUUUGCAGACUACCUCUCAUCCAGAUCGUUUUGUGUUAAAAUAAGUAACACAAGCAGUAGUAUGUUGAAUGCUCCAUACGGUGUACCACAAGGUUCGAAACUUGGUCCAAUCCUGUACAUCAUCUACUCAAAUGAGAUGGUACGUCAACUUAAAAACAGCACCGCGUUCACAUACGCAGACGAUACAGCCAUUGUAGUAUGCAACAAGUCAUUGAAUACUGCAAUAAAAACGCUGCAAAACGAGCUGGAUAUAAUCACUAGAUGGUGUCACGAUAGCGGCUUAAUCAUAAACUCAUCUAAAACCAAAGUAAUGCACAUCAGACCAAAAAGUAUACCAAAAUCAAAUAUUCAUAUCAUAUAUCACGACACAGAAUGUCUACAUAAAAAUUGCAAUGCAGUUAGCCUACAUGACAAGUGCAAUGGCAAAUGCAGUACAGAACUCGAGCUAGUGGAAACCUAUAAAUACCUUGGAGUUCAUUUGGACGACGGUUUUAAAUGGAAAGUACAUAUACAGCAUCUGCAAAAGAAACUACGACAAUCAGCCUACGCACUAUAUCAUCUCGUUAGAGAAUUCAUGGAUGAUGGCAGUUUAGCGAAGAAAAUAAAUCACAACCAAAAUACACGAAGAAAAAUCGAAGGCAAAUAUAUGGUGCCGAAAUUCAAGAACGAUUAUGGCAAAUACUCACUAUCUGUGACACUACCUACUAUCGUCAACGAAAUUCCAACAAAUAUAACCAAGGAAAGAAAUUACAAUAUUAGAACCAAAUUAAUCAAAGAAUAUUACUUAAAUAAUUAA